AACGUUCUGUACGCGCAGCGGAGACGCUAUAGUCGGUGGGCAAUGGAAACGGGCUGGAAGUGGCGGGGAAGGGCUCCGAGCUGGAGUUGAUGACGGAUCGCUCCCUGCCGGCCCUGAACUUUCCAUCCUUUGCAAGGGACCCGUUAGCUCGGAGGAGGGAACGGAGGGGAAGAAUUUCCAACCUCGCAGCCUCCGAAGGGGCAGAGUGAGCCUUCUCCGGCGUCAUUACAGAGCGAGCGGUCACCAGACACUGUGAGCUCCCGGGCGUCAGGAACCAUGAAGUGUCACUUUGCUGCCAGCAACUUUCUGCUCUCCCUCUUGAUCUUGGAGCUCGUCUGUUUGGGUCUGAGCAAUCGGCUGCCGUACUUCAUCAACUAUUUCUUUGACACAUACCUGCUGAUCAAUGAGGAUACCCCCGUGGGCUCAUCAGUGACUCAGUUGCUUGCCCGGGACCUAGACAACGACCGUCUUGUGUUUGGCGUGGUCGGGGAGGAGGCCAGCAGGUUCUUUGCAGUGGAAAGUGUGACUGGAGUUGUAUGGCUCAGGCAGCCCUUGGACAGAGAGACUAAGUCAGAAUUCACAGUUGAAUUUUCUGUCAGUGACAGCCAAGGGGUGAUCAAGGGGACAGUGAAUAUCCAAGUGGGAGAUGUGAAUGACAAUGCUCCAAGGUUUCACAAUCAGCCCUACAGUGUUCGCAUUGCAGAGAACACACCAGUGGGAACUCCAAUUUUCAUAGUGAAUGCCACAGACCCAGACCAGGGGGCAGGAGGGAGUGUGCUUUACUCCUUUCAGCCUCCAUCCAGCUUCUUUGCCAUUGACAGUGGCCGCGGCAUUGUGUCGGUAAUACGAGGGCUGGAUUAUGAAAUCACUCAGGCCUACCAGCUCCAGGUCAAUGCAACGGACCAAGAUAAAAGCAAGCCCUUGUCCACUUUGGCUAAUCUGGCAAUCACCAUAACAGAUGUGCAAGACAUGGAUCCAGUCUUCAUCAACCUGCCUUACAGCACAAACAUCUAUGAGAACUCACCUCCGGGUACAACUGUGCGUAUGAUAACGGCAAUUGACCAGGACAAAGGACGGCCCAGGGGUAUUGGAUACACCAUUGUCUCAGGUAACACCAACAGCAUCUUUGCACUGGACUACAUCAGUGGAGCUUUAACCCUAAAUGGGCCACUGGACCGCGAAAACCCUUUCUACAGCACUGGAUUCAUUCUCACAGUGAAGGGUACAGAGCUGAAUGAUGACCGCACACCCUCCAAUGCUACAGUGAUCACCACCUUCAACAUCCUUGUCAUUGACAUAAAUGACAAUGCCCCUGAGUUCAAUAGUUCUGAGUACAGUGUUGGCAUCCCAGAGCUGGCCCAGGUGGGCUUUGCCCUUCCCCUUUUCGUCCAGGUGCAGGAUAAAGACGAGGGACUCAACAGUGUUUUUGAGGUCUACCUGGUGGGAAACAACUCCAAUCACUUCAUCAUCUCCCCAACCUCGAUCCAGGGAAAGGCAGACAUCCGCGUUCGAGUUGCAGUGCCGCUGGACUUUGAGACAAUUUCUCGCUAUGAAUUUUCCCUGUUUGCAAACGAGAGCAUGCCAGACCACGUUGGCUUUGCUCGUGUGAAGAUUAACCUCAUCAAUGAGAAUGACAACCGCCCCAUUUUCAGCCAAGUCCUGUACAACGUCAGCCUGUUUGAGAACGUCACAGUGGGAAUCACUGUCUUGAGGGUCCAC